AGCAUUCACUGAUAGAUAGCAAAGAAGUUUCAAAUUUCAACAAACAGUGGCAGAAGUUGGUUGAUGAUCAGCGCUAGUAAAACACUUGUGAACAGUCAUAGAAAACAGUCGGAUUAAGUGCGCGUGUAUUUUGUAUCAGGUGAAAUUAAUAAUUGUGUAGAGUGGAAUAAUUUGCCUGACGUCAUUGGAAAUAUUUAUAACAUCUUUUUACUCUUUAAAAUCGGACACAUAAUUGAUUAAGUCCAUUUAUUCAAAGAUUCUUCACUACAGUCAACAAUUUGUGCAAACAGAGAAGUAUUAAGAUUGCGUGCUACAUGUAAGAUAAAUGCUAUUCGAGGAAAACACAUGAAAAGUGUUGAACAAGUUGAAACUAAAGUGUUGACUUCUGUAAAGUAGCUAGUGUAUUGGGAAAAUAUUGGUACAAAUUACUAGUCUUCUUAGAAUAAUGCAACUGUGGAACAUCAUGAUGUGCCGGAAAAAAACGUUUGUAGUGUAAGCAGAUACAUAUAAAAGUUAUAUCUAACUAACUGUGAUAAAAUAUUCAGAAUUUGAUUUUAUAUGAAACGAUGAACAUUAUGGUUGGAAUUAAUUUAAACUUGAGAAGUUAAAACAAAAAUGUGAUAAAAAUGGCACAAGGAAAAGUAUCAGAAACAUAUGUAUUGUUGCUACAGUAUAUUGUUUUCAUCAUUCUCAGUUUGACUACGUCGAUAAAUUCAAGUAAAACAGGCCUCAUUCCUGUCGCCAGAUGUCGUUCUAGAUGUCUCUCAAAGUUCUUAGAGGAUAUAGUGGACGAUGAAAUGUGUCGACACACCUCGUCAUGUGACAAGUGCUGGGAAGUGUGUGGAAACAUCUUCUUUCAAACAGACUUGUGGAGAGAAGCUUGCAAGAGAAAGAAACUUUGUGGAGAAGGUUGCCAGGCGGCAUGUCAGUUUCGGAGAAUCGUAUCCCGCAGUAAAUCGGAUAUGCCUGAUAUGUCAUUGUCUAGAACAUUUUCUGAAAUUCCUGCCGUGAGUGUGGAGCUUGCGAGUCGGAAGGCUGCAGUGGCCUGGAACACGCCUGUCAUACGUAACAACCUACCUGGUACCGACCAAAGUUCAAGACUUACCUUUGUUUACGUUCUCUUUACAAGGGACAAAAAUAAGAAAGGAGGGGGUGCCUGGAAACAAAUUGUUCAGACGAGUUUGACUUAUGCCAACAUUCAUCUAAACUCUCUACCAUACUAUCCUGAGUUCUGGCUAAUGGCUGUCGGAGAGAACGGAACACAAGCGGAAAUACGGUUUAAUGCUUCGAUAUCAGACAACCUUCCCUACACCGACGAAGUCAUUGCGGUUCCGGUAUGGGACAAAUAUUAUCCGUUCCGCAUGAAUGAAGGGGCUGUUAUAGAGUACGACAAUAAAUCUACGCUACAACUCAACAUGACAAUGACCAUAGUGAACGGUACAUUAAAUCCUGUGGUAACCUGGGUCAAUCCAAACGUUCUCCCAAAGAAAGGCAGCAGCGAGCUAGCUUAUUCUAUCAACUAUUAUUUACAACAUUGUGACUGCCCCUGGCCCGAGGAUCAUUACUCUAAAGUGCUCUAUGUACAAACAUAUGAAGAGCCAAAGCUACACUUGAAAAACAUUGCUUUUAACGCGGAGUAUUUGGUAGAAAUCCAAUUAAAAUCGGACAAGAAUUGGCAAGGGGAGUUAACCUUCUUAACACCAAAAUGUCUUCAAACAGACGGUAUAAAUCCAGCUAAAUGUCUAUCGCAAGUUUCAGGAACACAUAAAGAAGUUUACAAAAUAACCACGCCAUAUCCGAAAACUACUCUAGAAAAUAUUGGAAAUGGAAAAGUAGCUUUAGAUACUGACCAUCUAAACCAGCAAGAGGAUGGCUCGUUUACCGGAUCAGCGUCAUCACACGGUCUAGACUGGAAUAUUACAAUUGCUGGAAUGGAAUAUGACGACACAAGUGAAAAAGUGUUAUGUCAUCUAAAAUGGUCGUUACCAAUUAAUCACACGGGGUUAUCACAGGAAAUUGUGUGGAGCAACAUUCCACAUGCUGACCAAGAUCAAGUUGAUGCUGGCAGAAAGAAACAUGUGUCUAAGGCUGGAGAUACUGACAAGAAAACAUUAGAACUAAGACCAUGGAAUCUAUACAGAGUCUUUGUAAGAGCCACCUUAACUGACGAAAAUGGUAACAAGAAAGAGCUUCUCAGGAGCAAGUUUCUGGAAUUAAAUACAAACAUCACUGAUCAAAUUCCUCACGUGUCUCUAGCCAGAGUAUCUGAUAUAGAUCAGGAGAAGGAUAUCCUUAACGGUAUUAUCGUAGGUGUGACUGUUGUCUCAAGCAUUAUCUUAUUUGGUAUCAUCAUUUUAUUCAUCUACAAGAAGAGACAAAGCUUCAGAGACAUUAUCAUCACCAAAACAACCGUUGCUAAGAGCAACAGCUACAAGUCAAACGUUGGUUGUAAGGUAGACUACUCUAACCAAAUUUUGAUAACAAGCGACGAUUGGGAAGUGGAUUGUCGUCAAUUGAAAUUUGCGAGUCAUAUCGGCCAGGGGGCAUUUGGUAAAGUCGUCACAGGUUAUUACCAGGAUCAACGAGUAGCUAUAAAACUUGUCAGAGACUGUGCCCCAAUUUCAUAUAAAGAGGACCUUCUAGCAGAAAUAAACCUAAUGAAGAGGCUUGGUUCCCAUCCUAACAUCGUUUCAAUGGUUGGCGCAUGCACUCUUGUUGAACCAAUAUGUUUGGUUAUGGAAUAUAUACCAUAUGGAAACUUGCAAAAUUUUCUAAAGAAAUGUCGUCUGGAAGGUGAACUGACGAUACAAGCUGGGAGAAGUCCUGAACUGAAUUACUCCUUAAUGGACGAACAUGGCGGUAUCAAUGAAGGUGUUGUUACACCGGCUGACCUCUUGUCAUUUGCUAGACAAGUUGCUAUGGCAAUGGAAUACUUGGGAGAAAAGAAAUAUGUUCAUCGUGAUCUAGCUGCCAGAAAUGUCCUUCUCGGGUUUGACAAAAUUAUCAAAGUUUGUGACUUUGGUUUAUCACGUGACGUCUAUAAUGAUAAUCAGUAUAAGAAAUUGACCAAUGGGAAACUCCCUCUGAAAUGGAUGGCAAUAGAAUCUCUAAGAGACCGUGUCUUCACUACUCAGAGUGACGUCUGGUCUUUUGGAAUUUUGUUAUGGGAAAUUGUUACCAUGGGGGCAUCACCAUAUCCUAACAUUGCCUUAGCGGACCUGUACUAUUUGUUGUCAAAUAAUUAUCGCAUGGAAAAACCAAGCAACUGUUCAGAUGAAAUAUACAUAAUCAUGAGGCAAUGCUGGUUAGAAAAUCCAGUCGAAAGACCAAAUUUCACCGACCUCCGUGUUCAAUUGGAACUUUUGCUUACACGUGACCGGAACUACUUGGAAUUGGACAAUAUUAACGUUCCUCUCUCCACACCGGAGAGUAGCAGCGGAAGUCCUGCUUCAGAUGACACGAAAUCACUUCUAGCUGCGCAGGCACUUCAACCUCAAAGAAAGUCAUCAAAAGAUGAACUUACAAUUAAUGUUAGCAUACAUGACAAAUCGGUUGAAAGACUUCUUAAACGAAAAGGUGAUUUCGAUUCUCAUAAUAUUACAAUUUUAUGAGACUGGGAACUCGGUGUUUUUGGAAAUUUGAAUUUAAAUACAUAUCUUUAUUAAAUGACUGAGUUGUGUUUCUGCUUCUUCGCACAAAUUAAUUCGACCCUACGUUCAUCUAUUUAUAGCACCAGAACGAGGUUUGAUUGUUGAAAUCAGGGUUAGGGUCAAUAAAUGUGACAUUUAGAGCGUGAAACAUUUAACUCGUGAAAGUUACUACUCGUUUCUUGACUUUUCUAGAGAGACUUAACGCGAGUAGAAGAUGAGGUUGAUGGUAAUACGUUGUUAUAGUUACGGGUAUGAUGUUCACAUUGAGAAGAAGAUGUACAUAAUUUGUUUUGAUGAAUAUAGUUUUUCAACAUAGUGGAAGGGAUGCUUUUUAAUUUGGAGGUGUUGACCUGUUAUCUGUUUUUUAUUUUUCAAAGAGAAAGGCCUGUAUUAUCAGGAGCUAUAGAUGAAAGCUACAGAGUUGUUGUUUAGAAUCAUUUUUAACAAAAUAUGUUUUUAUUGUUAAUACAGGGCAUUGUUCUUGAAUUACCUUUGUAAACUGCAGUCUAUUAGCAGUCCAUAAUUACAUAUGCCAAGAAAUAUACAAUAAUAAACUUAUAUUCGCUGUAGUAUGUUUAAAUGCAAUGUUACUGAAAUUAUAACACAUCUCUUGCCGUGAUUUAGGGGUGUUCAAUCAGCAACUAAUAGUUGCAGUAUCAGUGAAACAGUAUAUUACUUAUACUGGAGAGAUGUCGGAAUGGAAUUUAAUUCUUUAUAUUUUAACUUUUUAAGACUAUAUCAACAAUGAUUUGUCAUGCACGGAUUUUACCUUCAUUCAUUUUUGAUAGGACCAAAUUAUCUGUUGUGGCACAAACUUGUUUUGCUUUUCAUUUUAAGUUUUAGUCUCAUUCUAACUUAACUUUACACUGAAUUAUAGUUUUACACUUAUGUUUAUGCUUGCCAGAAUGAUAAAAUAAUAAAUCAUGUACCUACAUGUUUCAUUUUUAUUUAAAGAUAGGUUGGUUGUUCAUCCACAAUUAUGUAACGUAAAAAUACCGGCUUUACAAAAUUACUCUAUUCAGAAAUAAAUCAACCUUAUUUUAAUAUGCAUGUAUGUAUAAAGGGAGGUAAUACUGUAUGUGAUAGAUUACCUACCGUUUACUAUAAUAGUUUACAGGGUAGGUCUCGAAUUGAAUAUAUUUCACUUUCGUUCCCUUUUUCUUUGACUUAUGUUUGACCAUUUAUAAAAGCUGAUAUUUUCAGUUGGUUAUUUAUGUUGCUAAAAUUUAAGAAACAAUUGCUAACAUAAAUCAUUCUCAUUGAAAUUAUAACGCUUUUCAAUUUACUUGUAUUUCAAUGGAGACAGUGUGGGCAUAUUUUUUAUGUUACAUGUGUUAUGUUUAAAAAAUGUGAAAUCAUACAUUUAGAAGAGCAUCUAUUUUCACACCAUGGACAUUUAUUAUAACUAUGUGAAAUGAUAUGUUACUAAUUCUAACAGUGCCGCGAUGCUUUUUCUUUAAACAAAGUUUAGAAGUGUACAAAACUACAUGAUAAUGCACCCGCUUUACUCAACUGUUGCUAACAAUGUACAUUGUAGAAGUUCUUUUUCAAAGCAAAAGAAAAUUAAGUUAAGUUUUUGGUGUCAGGUAUCGUGCAAUGUUUUACGACAAUCCACUCAAAGUUUGAAUUUAUUUUUUUAUCUUUUAAAAAGAAAAUUUUUCAAAUUGUUGCGUUUACCGUAUGUGCUAUUAUUGCGAUAAUGGCAAUCACAGUUUUGACUUGGUAUAAUCAGUCGGAUCACGACUACAAACAGAGUCUUAUUCACAACGUGUAAGGCUUUAGUAAACUUAAUGUAGUUUUCUAUAAUGGUAAGAAAUUCUCUUAAUUAUUGAAGUUCAUUUAUGUCUUGUGUAGUCGUCCCUAUUUUAUUUUAAAAACAAAAUUGUAAAGGCUUGUUUCUAGGCAACGAACAAAACGUUACGGCCCUUCUUAUUGCAAUUUUACUGUGUUGUUUUGGUGUCAUCGUUGAAGCGUCUACGUUGUAUCGUUUUUUUAUGCACACGUGGAGUUUCACCGUUAUUUUCUUUUAAUAGUUUAUUUUUUUCUUUUCGUGUGUCAAUGCAUUCGUGAAAAUUAUUUAUUUACUUAAUCAUAAUUUAUUAUUGAUUAAAACAAUAUCUUUCCUAAUAAGAAAACACUCUUUUUGAAUUUUUAAGCUAUUUUUUUCACCUAUCAGUAUAUUUUGUUCUAAUUCAUAAAUAGCAUAAAAACAUUUUUACAUUUUGCGGUAAUGAUGAAAGCAGAAAAAUUCUGGUAUUUGGGGAGAUUUAUUUGGGGAUAUAUAAAUUGAUGCUUUAUAUAAAAGAAAACAUGGUUUAGAAAAAGUACUAACCACUUACAGCAAAUUCUAGGUAUAAAAAAUCAAUUAAAAAUGAUGCCACUUUUUAUGUUUAUUCAAUUAAAAAUUUUCCUACAUUAUGUUAUGGAUUUUCAUUGUACUUCCUUUCGAAUGUAUAUAUUUUUCAAAUGUGUAUAUACAUACAUGGAAAUCUUAUUUUUGUUUAUUGUUAUACAAUGUCUUAUAGGUGUAAAUAUUUGCAUGGUAUAAAAUAAUAUGAAAUGAUUUGUUAAAAUUUAGUAACGCACUGUCACGUGUCAUCUUGUUUUGUGCAUAUUGCUCAUUUCUUACAAAAAUAAAUGAAAACAAAAUA